AUGACCAUAAGAGAUACUGUAAUAGAACACGCAGCUGAUGCGCAAAAAGUGGCUCAGUUCAAACAUCAAGCUAAGCUUACCGAUAAACAAGUUUGGUUAUGGACAAUCGAGGGAUUAGCCAAAAAAGGAAAGAUGGAGCAAUUGUUCGAUAUGGCCCAGAAGAAGUCUCCUGUCGGAUAUGUGCCAUUCAUCAAAGCCUGCAUGAAGUACCAUCGUGAAGAUGAAUGCAAAAAGUAUUUUGCAAAAGUGCAUGGGUAUCAAGAACUGAUUGCUGCUUACAUGGCUAUGGGAAAUUACGUUGGAGCUGCGAAAAUGGCUUUUGAUCGACACGAUCGUGAUAUGCUACAACACGUAUUUAUGAAAUCACAUAGAAAUAAGGAAGCAUACUCUAAAGUGGCUCAGCUGGUCAAAUCACUAUGA